AUGUCCAGCAUUCGACUUGUAGCACGAGGUGUUGACCUCGCCGCCGCGAGGGCCGCCGCCCUCAAUCUUCCCCGCGCCUCGAUUGGCUCCACUGUGCUUCGGCGAGAGCUCUCCUCCGCGGCUACCGUGCGCCCAACCGUCUCUCGAUCAUUGAGGACCAAUAUCACAGUCGCAGCUACAGCUCCGCUCGCUGCAAACCAGACCGUGCGAUAUGCCUCCAGCUCCAAUGAGCCCCUUAGCAAGACGCAGCUCUAUGACCUGCACGUCGAGCGCGGAGCCAAGAUGGUCCCCUUCGCCGGGUUCGAUAUGCCUCUGCAGUACACAGACCUGAGCCAUGUGGAGAGUCACAUGUGGACGCGUGAAAAGGCUAGUUUGUUCGACGUCAGCCACAUGGUCCAGCACCACCUCAGCGGUCCGGGCGCCCUCGACCUGCUAAAGAAAGUGACACCCUCUUCACUAGACAAGCUAGCCCCAAACACCUCCACCCUCUCCUGCCUCCUAGAAGAAGGCACAGGCGGCAUGAUCGACGACUGCGUAAUCACCCGCCGCAGCGAAGACAGCUUCUACUUCGUAACCAACGCCGGCCGCCGCACAGAAGACCUAGCCUUCCUCACAGCUGAAAUCGAAGCCUACCGGUCUCAGCACGGUGCAGACAGCCUAAAAUGGGAAGUCCUCGCCGACCGCGCUCUCGUCGCCCUUCAAGGUCCCCUCGCCGCCUCCGUCCUCCAACCCCUCAUCAACACCGCAAACCACACCCCCUCCGAAACAGACCUGAGCACCCUCUACUUCGGCAACUGCCGCGAGCUGCACCUCACCCUCCCCGACGGCUCCGCAACCGCCCACCCCCUCCUCAUCUCCCGCACUGGCUACACAGGCGAAGACGGCUUCGAAAUCUCAAUCCCUACCUCCGGCGCCCCCAAUCUCCCCCGGCAAGUCACUGAGCUGCUUCUCGCUGACAGCAGCAAGUCGCGUCUGGCCGGUCUGGCUGCACGUGAUUCCCUCCGUCUCGAGGCUGGAAUGUGUCUCUACGGCCACGAUAUCUCAACCGCACAGACACCGCCUGCCGCGGCGCUUGGCUGGGUCGUCGGUCGUGAUCGUCGGGACCCUGCCACGGCCACUUUCAACGGUGCUUCGGUUAUCCUUUCUCAACUCGCUAGUCCGAAGACUAUCCCUCAGCGUCGUGUUGGGUUGAAUGUUGAGAAGGGUCCCCCAGCACGUGAGGGUGCUGUUGUCGUUGAUAUUGCCGAUCCUGCCAAUCCCGUUGAGGUGGGUGUCGUCACUUCUGGGUUGCCGAGUCCGUCACUUGGUGGUGCCAAUAUUGCUAUGGCGUAUGUGAACCAGGGAUUCCAUAAGAAGGGUACGGAAUUGGCUGUCAAGGUGCGCAACAAGGUGCGCAAGGCUACUGUUGUUGGUAUGCCUUGGAUUGAGAGCAAGUUCCACCGUCCUUCGUAA